AGUGACAAAUUUAGUUCGGAUGAUAUUAUUGGACAAUAUUGUGCACCUCUAACCACAAUUCAAAAAGGCUUCCGUCAUGUUCGUUUACGUGAGAAAGAUGACGAUAUCUCGUGCUCAACACUAUUUAUUCAUGUUGAUAUUGAGCUGGAAAAUAACGAAAUUAUUUAUCGUACGCGGCUUUAA